ACAUAUUUUUUUUUGAGUAAUUUAACUUCAAAAUAUGACAACAUUUCUUUGCUUCAAAAUAUAAAAUCUGGUUCGACAUAAAACUUUUAUAUUAAUUAAUAACAAAAUCGUGUCCUUUUCCAUAGACUGUCAUAGCAGCGGCGUAUCAAGGCCCCUUUUCCAAUAGAAAUUCCUCACUUGAUUCCAUGCUCCGCAGAACAUUCGAUUGACGUUUUGCCUCGAAUCUCUCACCGUCGAUGCCACCACCGUCUCUCCACGUGUACACAUCCUAGCCGCCGCUGCAGUCCUGUGCCAGUAACGUACGGUCUAGCAGAGUAGCACGCGAAACAUGCCCAUCAUCUGAAAAAACCGUCGAAAAAAACUUCACUGCAACUUUCUCUUUCCCCUUCGUCUCCCUCCGAUACAAUCGCCCCUUUCACGACUUCCGUUGAAUCAACAAUGUCUGCAAUAUUGUCAAUGGAGGUAGAUGACGGGACAGAAACGCAUCAUCGGGGAGUCUGUACGCCUUCUGUCAAAGGGCGACAGACUAUGGACAGCAAUGGAGAAAUUAUAUCACCGAGUCCUAGAUAUAAACAUGUAUACAUGUCUGAUAAAACUAAAAGCAAGCGUAAGAACUUUGAUCACACAGAUCCGUUUGCCAUCAGAGAUUUUGUGCUAGGAUUUGAUAGUCCUAAGUAUGGUUCUGUUACAAAAGAUAUAGAAGAUCUUUUUUCACGAAAGAAGCAGAUGUUCAUGCCUACUUUUAGAAAGUUUCCUUUACUUGGAGUUGAUUCACUGGAUCUGAAGCCUGGGAAGGAUAUUUCCAUUGCAAUUGAAAACACAAAGCAUGAUACAAAUGCACAAGCACAACAAUUGGUUGUUAUCAUUGACUCGGAUGAUGACGAUGAACCCACAUCUCAAAUCCCUUCAAAAUCAUUCCAAGAUGCGGUUCUCAAGUUUCCUUCAAAACCAUUAGAGGAUACCAAACUCAUGAUUCUUUCAAAACCACACGAGGAUAUAGAACUCAAGAUUCCUUCAAAAGCAUACAAUGAUACACUACUCAAUGAGCCUACUGAGCAGCCAAUGGAACAACUUUUGGGUGGAGAUGAUGCUCUUGACCAAGCCACAAAGGAAGGGGGAGAUAGAGAUACAUUAACUGUUGUGGUGCCUAGUGUCGAAAAAGAAAAAAGCUUUAAAGAUGAUGACAUGGAUAGUGAAAAAAAACAUGAUGAUGUGGACAAUGACAAGAAGCAUGAUGACGUGGACAGUGGAGGAAAGAAGCAUGAUAAGGGUAAGUAUGUUGGUGUUGAAGAUGACGAUUCAGACGAACAACCUGAAGCUGAUUUUGAUGGACUAGGCGAUAUAUGGAAAGAAAUGACAAUCGGAUUAGAGUCUUCAAAGGUAAUAAUAAUAAUAAUCAAUUAUUCAUGUGUUGUUUGUUUCUUGUCAUCUUUAGUUACAUUUCCUUCCUGUGUUUAUAUUUUUCAGGAUAGAAUCCCAGCAUCUCAUGAAAAUGCAAAUGAAGAGGGAAAAGACUGUGAUCAUACAUUUAUUUUGAAAGAAGAUAUUGGUUCUGUAUGUCGUGUGUGUGGAAUAAUCGACAGAAGAAUCGAAUCCAUAAUCGAAUUCCAGCGUCCUAAAACCAUAAAGAGUACACGAACUUAUCACUAUGAAAGCCAAACAAAAAGAGGAGAUCGAGCUAAUCCUGUUCUUGAUGGAGUUAAGCUACCCGGAAAUGAUUUCUCAGUGUGUGAAGUAAUAGCUCAUCCAAGACACAAAAAGCAAAUGAAACCGCAUCAAAUUGAGGGUUUCAAUUUUCUUUUAAGCAACUUGGUGUGUGACAACCCUGGAGGAUGCAUUCUUGCACAUGCUCCAGGAUCAGGGAAAACAUUCAUGCUUAUCAGCUUUAUUCAAAGCUUUAUGGCUAAGUAUCCUGAUGCUCGACCACUUGUGAUUCUCCCAAGGGGUAUUUUGGGAACAUGGAAAAAAGAAUUUACUAGAUGGCAAGUGGAGGACCUCCCGUUGUUUGACUUGUACUCUGUAAAAGCUGAGGGUAGGGUACAGCAAUUUGAAGUGUUAAAACAAUGGGCUAAUCAGAGAAGUAUUCUAUUUCUUGGAUACCAACAGUUUUCCUCGAUAGUAUGCGAUGAUGACACAAGCUCAAUUACAGUUAGCUGUCAAGAGAUUUUACUAACAUACCCUUCGCUUCUCAUAUUAGACGAAGGUCACACCCCUAGAAACCAAGACACUAACAUUCUCACUUCUCUUGAAAAAAUCCAAACCCCUAGGAAGGUGGUUCUUUCCGGAACCUUGUAUCAGAACCAUGUCAGAGAGGUUUUCAACAUCCUUAACCUCGUACGUCCCAAGUUUCUACGAAUGGAAAAUUCCAAAGCUAUAAAACGACGUAUUCUGAGCAGGGUGCCCAUUGAAAGCCGGAGAAACCUUUUGAAAAAGAGUACAGAUAACGAAUUCUACGAGGUGGUUGAACAUACUUUGUUAAAAGACGAGGAUUUUAAGAGGAAGGUGACUGUGAUUGAAGAUUUACGUGAUAUGACGAACAAAGUUUUACACUAUUACAAAGGCGAUUCCUUAGACGAAUUGCCUGGACUCGUUGACUUUUCUGUUUUUCUUAACCUCAGCCCCAAACAACAACGCCAUGUGACAGAGUUGAAAAAGUUGAAAAAGAAAUUCAAAAUAAGUUCAGACGGAAGCGCGAUUUACGUCCACCCUGCGCUCAAAUCUGUAUUGAAGACCACCAAGGACAAAAACGACGACGACAUUAGUAAAAUCGAUGAGAUUUUGGAGAAAUUGGACGAAAGAGAAGGAGUAAAAGCUAAAUUCUAUCUCAACUUACUCCGUUUAUGUGAAUCCGAAGGCGAAAAGCUUCUUGUAUUCGGUCAAUAUCUGUUACCUUUAAAGUUUCUACUUCGAUUAACAGUGAAGACGAAAGGUUGGAGUCUGGGAAAAGAGGUUUUCAUGAUCACAGGAGACCAUGACAACGACGAACGUGAGAUAGCGAUGGAUCAAUUCAACAACUCCCCGGAUUCCAGAGUGUUUUUCGGAUCAAUUAAAGCGUGUGGGGAGGGGAUAUCACUUGUGGGGGCGUCUAGGAUAAUUAUUUUAGACAUUCAUCUGAAUCCGUCUGUUACGCGACAAGCGAUUGGGCGUGCGUUUAGACCGGGGCAAAUAAGGAAAGUGUACACUUACCGAUUGAUUGCAGCGGAUUCACCUGAAGCUGAUGAUCAUGAAACCUGUUUCAAAAAGGAAUCGAUUGCUAAAAUGUGGUUUGAAUGGAACGAGUAUUGUGGGCAUCAUGACUUUGAGAUGGAAACAACGAGUGUUGAAGAUUGUGGGGAUCCGUUUUUGGAAACUUCGUGGUUGAAUGAGGACGUGACAGCUAUCUAUAAAAGAUGAUCACAAAUGGAUUUGGAUUUGGAUAAUAGUCAAAACAUGUAACUAGAAAGGUAGGAACCAAGAAUGUGCAAAACUUUUUGUUUAGAUUUUGGCAAAGGGUAGCUGUGAAAUGGUUGUUUGACAUUUUGACAGUAGGUGCUGGCUGAUUUUUUUUUUUGCAAAUGCAUGAAAAUGAAUUAUAUGCAACUCUUCUUUACAUGUGU